ACACUCGGAAACUGUCGGAGAUGAUCCAAAUAAACUUGAGCUCAGCUUUUCGUCGGCAGCGUUGAAACUUGCAUUGGAUUGUCUAAUUGAUACUCGAAUAUUCUAUGCAGCCAGUAUGGAAUUGAAAAUGGAAGUCUACACGAUGGCCACAUAUUGCAUUUUCUCGCAGAUCAAGCCGGAGCUUUUAGAAAUGAUCGUUCUUACAGCUGAAGAGCAACACUACAAACACAUCAGUUACCUCGUCUGGAAUCAACCUGAAGAAAUGAUUGAACUCAUCGCAAAACAUAGACCGGAUAUGAUUAUAAUGUGGAAAAAUAUUCCAAUUCGUGACAAUUAUUUAAUGACUUUGAAUUUAAUAGUUCAAAAAUUGAAAGGCAACUACGACACGUUCAAACUCAUCCUUGGAGCGAACCUGCCAAUUAUGGCUUCGAAAGAUGAAUUUGUGAAUGGAAAACAGAAAGUAAAUCCGAAUAUCAUUCUGAAAUUUUUAUCUCAUGAAGAAAAAGACAAGGAUGUCAAGUGGGAGCUGAUGAAGACAAUUCAGUCAUGGGACAACGAGAACGCUAAAGGAAGAAAGAGACCGUUUGAUUUCCCGUUCACUCUUGGUUUUGAUUCUUAA